AGCAAAAGCUAAGGAGCGGGGAACACUUUAACAGAAGCGCGGGCCAGGCGGUUCAGGAAACUUCCACCCAUCUGCAGCACUGACCUUGGCUUGAAAUCAUUAUCCAGACACGUCACAUAGCAGUAUAAUUUGGCCAAAGAUGAGUGUGGCUGCGCAGGUUGGCCAUCAAAACAUCCACUUCAAGUGGACCAACAAGCUCCAACCGGUCCUUACCGUCGAAUCCGGGGCAGAAGUCACGUUUGACAUGCCCGAUGCUGGCAACAACCAGAUAACGCCUGAUAAUGUCGCCGAUGGACUACCAGAGGUUGAUUUCAACACUGUGGACCCUGGAUUUGGCCCAGUAGCAGUUCGGGGAGCUGAGCCUGGAGAUGUUCUUCGAAUUGAUGUGCUUGAGCUGACCCCUGCUGCGUACGGCUGGACAGCCCUGUUCCCUGGAUUCGGCCUCUUGGCAGAAGAGUUCACCAGCCCAGCUGUCAAGAUAUGGGAUUUAUCGACCAUUGAUAAAGGCUAUACGGAGCUCAAGCCUGGAGUUAGAAUUCCAAUUCGCCCCUUUUUGGGUAUCAUGGUAGUCGCACCCGGCGCCGACGGCGAGUUUGCCACCAUCCCACCCUACGAGUUUGGAGGCAAUAUCGACUGCAAGCAUCUCACAGUUGGGUCCUCGCUAUUUCUUCCUGUUCAGGUUGCUGGUGCUUUGUUUAGCUGCGGUGAUGGCCACGCUGCACAGGGUGAUGGAGAGGUCUGCGGCACUGCUAUUGAGACUCCCAUGAAGGCCCGGCUACGACUUACUGUUGAGAAGAAUAAGCCGUGGGUUAAGUCACCGCAUGUUUUAACAGCGCCAGAUGGUCCGUUACAUUGGGAUCGUGGUCAAGAGUACGCACCAAUGGGUGUAGAUGCAGAUCUUCGAGAGGCUGCUCGAAAGGCUGUUCAGUCGACAAUUGAAUGGUUGACUGUCGAGAAGAAGAUGACACGCGAAGAGGCAUAUAUGUUAUGCUCUGUUACUGGUGAUUUGAAAAUUGUGCAAGCUGUUGAUAUGCCACAUUACGGAGUGGUUUGCAGCGUGCCUUUAAAUGUAUUUGUGGAUGAGUAGCUGCGUUGAGGAGCCAGUGGUUGAUAACAACGAUGAUGAAGACGAAGAAAAUCUUACAAAGAUGAUGAAGAUGACGAAAUAUAAGAAAUCAAUAGAGUAUACGCAUUCUUAAUAUGUAUUACUGAUGACGCAAUAGAGAACAGGAGAUGGCCGCUGGAAGUUGGUGAGUUGCCAGCUGGCGAAGCACUGCCGGGGUUGGCAUGUUCUAGUCCAAACGACCGUUGCUGGGUACAAUUAACGAUAUUUGCGGCAGAGGGGGUUGUCCAGUUCUCCAAUGGGGGAGUCACAGGGGGUUUUAGGUGCGCUUGACCCCCCUGGCAGGCCUGACAUUCCGCUGACGCUUCCCAAUUAGGAAUGACGCGGAAGGGCGCACCUGGG